UUCAUCAUUAUUUGUUUGUUGUUGUUUUAAAACAACAACAACAACCAUCAUAACAACAACAACAAUAAAGAUAUGAAUUAUCAAAGAUUUUAUCAUCAAUCACGAAUCAUUAUGAAGAUGACACCACCAAAAACAACAACAACAAAAACGAAAACAACAACAACAACGAUAUUGUCAACGACAAACAAAUUAACAAUGAAAAAAUUAAUAAAAAUGUUUUCUACAUUAAUUAUAUUAAUAUUAUCAAUAAUAAUUUUUAAUCAACAUUUACAAUUAGUAAAUGGAGAUAAUAAUAUUACAAUGAAUAAUGUUUUACAGAAUAAUAAUCAUUAUAAUAAUAAUAAUCAAGAUCAAGAUCAUCAUCGUACAGGUUAUCUACAUUCACAUCAUCAUCAGCAACUGCAGCAACAGCAACAUAAUAAUAAUCAUUCACCAACAACAACAGUAACAGCAACAACCGGUAUUAAUAAUGAUCAUAUAGUAGGUGGGAGUAUUAAUGGCAACAGUGGCAAUAGUAAUAGUAUUUCAAUGAUAAUGGAUCAUCAGGUAAAUAGCCAAAAGGAUAAUAAUAAUCUUCAAGCAAUUUUACCAUCAUCAUCAUCAUCAUCAUCAUCCUCUCAACAAUCAUUAUCAUCAUCAUCAUCGACAACAUCGGGAUUUAUACCGAUUGCCAAACCUACAGCAGCAUUGAUUCACCAUCAACAACAGCAACAACAACAGGAUUUUUAUGAUUCUUUAGGCAAUAAUAAUAAUCAAGAUGGAAGAAAUCUUUUACAACAACAACAGCAGCAACGUUUCGUUUACAGGUGA